AUGGAUUCAAUCGACGAAGAAGAUGCCAUUCAGAAAUGGAUCCAGUACGUACAGCAGCAGCACCAGCGCUUUCGUCGUUCCUUUGGAAUUUGUUUCGAGAACCUCACAACUGAGGGCGUGCAAACGGAUUCAGACUACCAGAAUACAUUUGGAAGUUAUCUCCUCGCCAUCCCAGAAUACUUUGGAAAGGUUCUGUCGGGACGUAAGCAGAGAAGAGUCCGCAAUUUGGAGCGCAUGGAUGGUCUUGUGAAAGGAGGGGAGAUGCUGCUCGUGCUCGGACGGCCUGGAAGUGGUUGUUCAACCUUUCUGAAGACAAUUGCAGGGGCCAUGCACGGACUCUACAUUGGUGAUGGUUCAAAUAUUAACUACCAAGGCCUGUCAUAUGAUGAAAGGCACAACAGUUGCAAAGUCGAAUCCAUCUACGUCGCAGAGCUCGACAUUCAUUUCCCCGAGUUGACACUUGGGAAAACACUCGAAUUUGCUGCUAGCACACGGUCAAGCAGUUCGGGAAAGGACUACACUCCUCGACUCAUCAGCCAGUUGGCAGCCUCUAUGUUCAACCUGCAAGAGGCAUUCAACACUCCCGUGGGCGAUGACAUGAUCAGGGGCAUCAGCGGUGGAGAGAAGAAGAGAACCAGUAUUGCUGAGGCUUUUAUGAGUGGAUCUCAGAUACAAUGUUGGGAUAACAGUACACGAGGGCUUGAUAGCUCGACUGCACUAGACCUCGUUGCCAUGCUUAGGGCCGUGGCAAGCGAACUGGGCUCGUUGAUCUUGGUCAGUGUUUAUCAGGCGUCUGAUACUAUCUACAAUAAGUUCGACAAGGUCAUGUUGCUAUACGAAGGCAGACAGAUAUUCUUUGGUUCGAGUCAUCUAGCAGUUUCAUACUUCACUUCCCUCGGAUUCAUCAAACCGGCCAAGAUUACCAGUGCCGACUUCCUUACGUCAAUCACAAACCCUAUAGAGCGUAUCAUUGCUCCUGGAUACGAACGCCGGGUUCCAUUAUCACCAGAAGAGUUUGCUCUCGCUUGGAAGCAAAGCAAAGAGCGCAAGUCUAUACAGAACAGUAUAAUCGAUUACAAUUACAUACAUCCUAUGAAGCCGGAGAAUCUUGCCAACUAUCAGCAAGACAGAAAUCGCCUUGCAGGAUUCUCUAAACAUCAUACUUCGCAAUACUCUCUUUCAAUUAUACAACAAAUCGGUAUUUGCCUAUCACGAGCUUACCAGAGACUGAUGAGGAACCCCACACCAACAAUCUCUGCUAUCACUGGAAAUGCUAUCAUGGGUAUCGUACUUGGAAGCGUUUUUUACAACCUUGAUGACUCGAAUGCCAGCAUGGACCGCCGAAGCAUUCUUCUGUUCUUCUCCAUCAUGCUCAACGCAUGCACCAGUGCCUUUUUCCAAAUCCUUACCAUCUGGGUUCAAAGGCCGAUUGUCGAGAAGCACUCCCUAUAUUCAUUCUGCCAUCCUUUUACCGAUGCCUGUGGCUCCAUGAUCUGCGACUUGCCAAAUAAGCUUCUGACUUCCAUUCUCUUUAACUUGGCUCUUUACUUCAUGUCUAACCUCAGGCGAACCGCAUCAGCAUUUUUGACUUAUUAUCUGUUCUGCUUUGCAACCUUACUAACGAUGUCUAUGGUAUUUCGGAUGAUGGGAAGUUUGUCGAAAAGAAUAGAGCAGUCGAUGGCUCCAGGAUCGAUACUGGUUCUUAGUUUCAUCAUCUAUACUGGAUUUGUGAUACCGAUACCUUACAUGGUUCCCUGGUUUGGAUGGAUCAGUGUGAUGAUCAAUGAGGGCAGAUCCAACACCACCACGUGUUCAUCAAUCGGUGCCAAGCCUGGUCAGAGCUUUAUUGAAGGAAUCGAGUAUCUCUGGGUCAAGUACAGAUACCCGCCAGAUCAUCUGUGGAGAAAUGUUGGGUUUCUUUUCGUCUUCAUGAUUGGAUAUUGCGCCGUAUAUCUCCUUGCCGUGGAAUAUAUACCAACAAAACGAUUGGAGGGAGAAAUUCUACUUUUCAAGAGAAAGAAUCUCUCAAAAAGUAAGCUUUUGGAUGAUGAAGAAGGAAAUGCCGCCGAUGUACCUAAAUUCGGAGAAAAGAAGGAAGACACGUGUCCUACUGUAACAGUAUUACAAGACACCAAUACUGAGAUUUUCUUGCAUAAGUUGCCACCUCAAACAGGACAAUUUCACUGGAAUAAUGUUAGCUACGACGUUCAAGUUGACAAAGGCGAUACCAAGCGAAUCCUAAAUGAGGUUGAUGGUUGGGUAAAGCCAGGGACAGUUACUGCGCUGAUGGGUGCUACCAGAGCAGGGAAGACUACUCUCCUUGAUGUCCUAGCCGCUCGUACGUCGGUUGGGAUUGUGUCGGGAGAUAUCUACGUAAAUGGCAAACGGAGUGACAGAAGCUUGCAGCGUCAGACUGGAUAUGUCCAGCAAGCAGAUAUUCACGUGCCGACUGCAACGGUACGUGAAGCCUUGGUGUUCAGUGCAGUUUUGAGGCAACCCGGUAGGACACGAUCCACAGAUGAGAAGCGAGAAUACGUUGAGCAGGUCUUGAACGUGCUUGAAAUGCAGUCAUAUGCGGACGCAGUAGUUGGGGUCCCAGGCGAGGGCUUGAACAUAGAGCAACGGAGGAGGUUGAGCAUUGCUGUGGAAAUGAUUGCCAAGCCAGGACUUCUCUUAUUCUUUGACGAGCCAACAUCCGGGCUUGACAGCCAGACAGCUUGGUCCAUAUGUACGCUUCUCAGAAGACUUGCAGAUCAUGGUCAAGCAGUUCUCUGUACCAUUCAUCAACCAUCCGCUCAACUUUUUGAAGUCUUUGACCAGCUUCUGUUAGAAAGAGGUGGCUGUACACUUUAUUUUGGCGAGAUCGGUCGAAAUGAGUCUACAAUGAUCCGCUACUUCGAGAUGCAUGGAGCCCGAGCAUGCCAACCCUCCGAGAAUCCAGCCGAGUGGAUGCUGGAUGUGACGGGUGCGACCCCUAGGUCCAAAAACACGAUUUCAUGGGCAGAGAAUUGGAAGGAAAGUGCAGAGAGAAGAGAAGUAAAGCGCCAGCUCGAAGCUCUGCUGGAUGUAGAUCCCGCGAAUCUGUCGCUAGAAUCUUGCUCCAGCGACAACGAUGAUUACGCGGCAUCGCACCUAAAUCAGCUGUUAAUUGUCACGCAUCGCGCAUUCCAAGAGUAUUGGCGUACUCCUUCAUACCUGUACUCAAAGUUGGCACUCUGUGUUGGGGCUGCAAUUUUCAACGGCUUUUCUUUCUACAUGAGCCCCUACGACAUCCAAGGCCUCACUAACAUCGUAUUUUCUAUUUUUCUUCUAACAAAUAUCUUUGCGAGCGUUGAUCAGCAAAUAAUCCCUCGAUUCAUUGAGAGUCGCAGCCGAUUUGAAGCGCGAGAAAGGAAAUCAAAAAGCUACUCAUGGAUCGUUUUUGUCGCUUCUCAACUCCUAGUAAAAACCGCUUGGCAGACACUUACAGCAAUUCUAGAGUUUGUGGCGUGGUACAAUUUUACGGGAGUUUGGAGAAAUGGUGGCCCGGGUUUCAAUAUGAAUGAGCGAGCAGGUCUAUCAUUCGUGUUCAUCUGGCUCUUUUGUGUGUUCGCGUCCACAUUUUCACAGGCCGUGGCUGCAACAAAUGAACACGCAGAGACAGCUGUUAAUAUCGCUCAAUUGUUCUUCUACCUAUGUGUAAUAUUCUGCGGGGUCAUCGUUCAACCGGCUCAGCUGCCUGGCUUUUGGAAAUUCAUGUACCGUGUCUCGCCUCUCACGUAUCUCAUCCAUGGCAUGGCCUCCGCGACUCUCGGUAAUGCCAAUAUUACAUGUUCGUCCAUCGAGCUCGUCCUGAUAUCACCUCCUUCCAACACCAGUUGCCGCGAGUAUCUCUCCAGCUACAUUCUUUCAGCCGGCGGGUAUCUCGUGGAUCCAAUGUCUGAGCUAUCAUGCCUUUUCUGCCCAAUCACAGAAGCAAAUCCGGUUUUGGCAAGCUUUGGAAUCCAUGUCCAUGAUCGAUGGAGAGAUUAUGGAAUUUUUUGCGUGUACUCCGCUAUUAAUGUAGUUGCGACUUUCAUUCUUUACCGACGGAAGAAGAAAUAAGCUUGCAAGGUAUCAAGUAGGGGUUUUCAUAG